AUGAGUACUAAGGAACAAAAGGUAAAUAUCUUUCGCGAAAUUUUGAAUAAUCUAUUGAUACAAAUUCAGACCCCUGAAAAACUUACCACAAAGAAUAAUGAAGAAACGUCCGUACGAAUGCCCGAAUUUACGCCGCCAUCGAAUCGAAGAGAAAUUCCAACGAGUACAAGGUCUUCCUCCACCGCUACAAGAAAAGAAAAAGACGCAGAGAGAAAAAGGCUUCAACGAGCCAUUGAAACUGAAGAGGAAAGAGAGAAACGAAACGAAAAAAUGCGCCUCAACGCUCGCAGAAAGCGGAGUCUGGAGAGUAGUAAUGCAUCAUUGGAUCGCUUAAAUAAACAGCAAAUAAUUGACGAGACACGUCGAAGUAACGAGACACCUGAACAACAUCGAUCUCGACUCGACAAACAAAAAGUGUAUGCUACGACUGGAAGAAAUAAUGAAACAAAUGAACAACAUCGAUCUCGACUCGACAAACAAAAAGUGUAUGCUACGACUGGAAGAAAUAACGAAACAGAUGAACAACAUCGAGCUCGACUUGAACAACAGCAAAUGAUUGACACGACACGAAGAAAUAACGAAACAGCUGAACAACAUCGAGCUCGACUCGAUCAACAACAAGUGAUCGAUAUCGCUCGGAGGGAUAAUGAAACAGCUGAGGAACAUCGAUCACAACUGGAUCAACAGCAGGUGAUCGAUAGCAUCCGCAGAGACAACGAAACGACUGAAGAGAGAACGGCGCGCAUUAGAAGUAUUAGUCGAGGUCGUGCAAAACGUGUGAUGGAGGCAAGAAAUAAUCCACCUACAAAAAUUUGGCCAGCUGCUAUACCUCAAAAAGUUAAAGAGCAAUGUCUCAGUAAUUUUAACAAAAAGAUGUCAAUGGACAGUCUUCGGGAGCAAGUGUGUGUCACGUGCAAUGCUAGAUAUAAUGAAAAAACGAUGCAUAAUAUGUUGUUGUCUGAUAUUAAUAAUAGUCUUCUCCUGCCUCAUAGUAGUCUUCAGAAUAUUUUUGCUGCUUCAUCAGCACAUUGUCAACGCAUAGAUUUCAAUCGACAAAAAAACUUUGCAGACAAUACAGCAGAUCAAGCAAUACCAAAUGCAAACAGUUCUAGUUACAUUAUUUCAAAUAACCGACUAUUAUACCGUGAAGGUUUAUUAACACAAGGAAGUCAAUCGAAUGUCGCUUGUCGGAUGUGUCAUCCAUGUUGGUUAGCUAUCUCAAAGGGAAAAAUUUCAAAAUUUUCGCCUGCUAAUGGCAUGUGGAUAGGCGAUGUACCCGAUCAAUUGAAAGGACUCACGAUUCCUGAGCAGAAGUUGAUUUCUCUUUAUCGACACAACAGUUGUAUCAUUAAACUACAUUCUCCAUGGCACUCAGCCAAUACAGCUCAGCCGGCCCUCAAAGGAAACUGCAUUACUUUUCCUCAGAAUCUCUCAAGCAUUGCUGUUAGUCUUNUCAUCAUAUAUUCCCUAUCGUGUUUUCUUAAUUUCGUUUUUUGA